GUACCUUAGCCAGGGAGUUCAGAUGCCGGUAUCUUCAGUUUCUUGUGCUCUGAUUCGCCAGUGAAAUGUAAGUCCGGGUAAACCCGCAUGGUGAUUGGUUAAAGUAGAGGGGAGGUUCAAACUUUUCCCAACCAAUCCGCAUGUGGCUUUACCGGGACUUACAUUUCAUGGCGAAUCAGAACACAAGAAGCCAGUCAUCGGAGCUCUGAUGCAGGGGCCGGCUGUGCAAGUAAAUGCAAGUAAGUGCAAGUUAAUGCAGCACGGCCGGGCCCCCCUUAACUCCCCAAACCACCAGGGCCCGGGACAACAGUCCCCCCUGUCCCCCCCUGAUGGCGGCCCUGAGUGACACACACAGGAGAUCAAUAUUGAGCUCAUACUCACCCGCUAUCCCUGACUUCAUGAUCCUGCUGGUACAUCUCUGUCAGCUCCUCUUCUAUCCCAGCCCUGCAGAAGCACAGUCAGUUUCUUGCUGGACGGAGCUCUAGACAGAGUGGGCGGUGACUGCAGCUUCAGUAGAGGAGGUGUGUGUGUCAGUGAGGGACGCUGCGGGCACAGAGGGAGGGCACGGCAGGUGCCAGGAUUAGUUAAACGCGGACACAACCGCUUGGAAAAGUUGCCGAUAUGUUUUUGGUACAGUUACCUGCAGUUUGUGAAAUAGACACGCCCAUUGGGGAACGUUCCUCAGAAAGUCCUCCUCCCACCUUACGUCACACAACCAAGAUACACACGUGCUUAGUUCCUGUUAUUGUGCAGAUCAGUACGAAGUUUUUCUGUUUCCCUGAUCUGUAGAACCGGCCCGUGACUGUCCCGCUAUGUAUUCCCUGGAUCUGCUGCUGGAAGCGGUUCUUCUGUGCAUCUUGGGGUCCCAGUUGGUCACUGGGAAGUCUCUGCGAGUGGCUGUGGCAUCAAACAUACAGAUCUGUGACUUCCCAUGUGAGAAACAAGUGCUUUAUUUUCUGGAAAGAGCAUCCAAGGAACGGAUCAUGGACUUCUCUUGCAUGGACAGACCCAGUCUCUGUGACCAACAUAAAGACCGACCGCAGUGGAGAGAAUGUGAGUCUGAGUGUUUCCUACAGUGGGGAAGAGACCACAGUUCUGUGGACAUGGAACGGAGGAGCCCUGCCUGAGAGACACCAGCUGAGUGACAGUAACAAGACUCUCACUGUACCCAGUACUGACACUGGCACAUUCACUGUCCUUGUCUCCAACCCAGUCAGUCACACCAGCACUCACUAUAACCUCACACUCCCAGGUAAGUGACAGUAACAAGACUCUCACUGUACCCAGUACUGACACUGGCACAUUCACUGUCCUUGUCUCCAACCCAGUCAGUCACACCAGCACUCACUAUAACCUCACACUCCCAGGUAAGUGACAGUAACAAGACUCUCACUGUACCCAGUACUGACACUGGCACAUUCACUGUCCUUGUCUCCAACCCAGUCAGUCACACCAGCACUCACUAUAACCUCACACUCCCAGGUAAGUGACAGUAACAAGACUCUCACUGUACCCAGUACUGACACUGGCACAUUCACUGUCCUUGUCUCCAACCCAGUCAGUCACACCAGCACUCACUAUAACCUCACACUCCCAGGUAAGUGACAGUAACAAGACUCUCACUGUACCCAGUACUGACACUGGCACAUUCACUGUCCUUGUCUCCAACCCAGUCAGUCACACCAGCACUCACUAUAACCUCACACUCCCAGGUAAGUGACAGUAACAAGACUCUCA